AUGGGAUCGGGUAUAUUCUUCUCGUACCCGGAACUGGCCACGCUUGCUGGUCUACAGGGCGUCAUUGUGUAUGCGCUUUCGUCGGCGCUGCCGUUACUUGUGUUUGCGGCGCUUGGGCCCGUCAUCCGGCGGAAGUGUCCUGAGGGCUUCGUGCUCACCGAGUGGACGAGGCAGCGCUAUGGGGUUGUCACGGCGUUGUACCUUAGCUUCAUGUCGCUGGUUACGCUGUUCUUGUACAUGAUUGCUGAGUUGUCUGCCGUGGGCCAGGUGGUUAAUGCGUUGACUGGAUUGAACGGGCUGCCGGUUGUCAUUGUGGAAUGCGUCGUUACGACGGUGUACACAUCACUCGGAGGUUUCCGCAUCUCCUUCCUAACGGACAACAUUCAAGGCGCCAUGAUCGUCUGCCUUAUCAUCAUCGCGACAGUCGCCAUCGGCGUCGAAACCAACAUCAAUCCAGACCUAGUCAAGAACUCGGAUCUCCUCUCUGCUAACCUCCUCGGCUGGCAGCUUCUCUACAUCCUCCCAGUCGCCAUCCUCACCAACGACUUCUUCCUGUCCAACUUCUGGCUGCGCACCUUCGCCUCCAAGACCGACAAGGACCUCUGGGUGGGCAUAUCCGCCGCCAUGGUCGUCAUCCUCAUCGUGUUGACUAUGGUCGGCUGCACCGGUCUCAUUGCCGCCUGGACAGGAGCUUGGGACCCGGACACUAUGGCGGAUUCGGGUUCGAUUGCGUUCUUUUUGUUGCUGGAACAGCUCCCCGCGUGGGUUGUGGGCAUCGUCCUCGUAGCCGUCAUCACUCUCAGCACCGCAGCCUUUGAUUCGCUCCAGAGUGCCAUGGUUUCCACGGCUUCCAACGACCUGUUCCGCAACAGGCUGAACACGUGGUGGAUCCGCGGCGCCGUUGUGUUGAUCAUCAUCCCUGUCGUGGUGCUUGCUCUCAAGGCGCCGAGUAUCCUACAGAUUUACCUCAUAACCGACUUGCUCUCUGCGGCUACCAUCCCCGUUCUUGUUUUGGGACUCUCGGAAAAGAUAUACUGGUGGCGUGGCUUCGAGGUCCUGGUCGGUGGCCUGGGCGGGAUUUUUACCGUGUUCGUCUUUGGGAGUAUCUAUUAUGACAGUGCCAAAGCGGGAGGCGAGUUGAUUCUGCUUCAGCAGGGAUUGUACGCUGAUGAUUGGGGCGCGUUCGGCGCUUUUGUCGCUGCGCCUAUUGGGGGUCUAAUCUGGGGAUUCAUCGCGUUGGCUCUGAGGUUAUCGGUCCAAUUUGUGAUGGCUAAGAAGAGUGGAAGACGGUUUGAUGCACUUGAUCGCCCGUUUCCGGUGCCGCAGUUGCAGAGUCAAGACGAGGGGUAUGAGGGGGUUAGUCCGGAGGUGACGAGGGAGGAGGUCCCGGCUGGGAAGGGGGUGGGCAAGUUCUUCUAG